UUGAAGCACUGGUCGUACUCGCGCUUCAUGUCCGUGCAACCCUCCCCUACGCUGUUCAUGGCGUCGGCGACAGCGGCGGUGACGGCGCUCUCGGAUGUCAUCACUUUUAAGCGCGUCGCUCGGCUUUACGAGAGGACGCACUACGGAGGCCGAGCAGGAGAGAAAUGUGGGCGCGGGCUGUGUGGCUCGGCCUUCGGGCCUCGGCGGGCGCGUUCCGGGGCUUCACCUCCAAGGCGGAUCUUCAGGGAAGUGGCCGGAUUACGGCCGAGCUGGUGGAACAUUUGGAGCGACUAGCGCUUGUGGACUUCGGCAACCAAGAGGCCGUGGCGCGGCUGGAGAAAGCCAUUGCCUUCGCCGACCGGCUCCGCGACGUGGACACGGACGGGGUGGAGCCCAUGGACUCAGUCCUGGAGGACAGAUGUCUGUACCUGAGAUCCGACAAUGUGGUAGAAGGCAACUGUGCUGAAGAACUACUACAAAACUCCCAUCGAGUUGUGGAGGAGUAUUUUGUGGCCCCCCCAGGUAAUAUCUCUUGGUCAAAGCUGGAUGAAAAAGAGCCCUUCUCAUUCCGCUGAGUACUCUUCUGGGAAGGAGUGUUCUAUGAACAUUGGAAGGACAACAACAGUAUUUUGUUAUUAUGAACGCAAAUAUUCCCACUUCCUUCAGUCACCUGGAAAAAAAAUUGAUGGUUAGGCAUUUUUUAGUAAGUGACUCUUCUGAAGACCGACUUGGGAAAGAUCUAGCCAAAGAGUUCCUGAUGCCAGUGGAAGUAGAAGGUAUUGCCGAUUUCCAAGGAAAUGGAUCAAGUAUUUACUCACAGGCCAUUAAGUAUGGAUAGCUUGAUCCCUUCCCUCAAAAGACUGUCUACCAAGCUGUACUUAAAGUGACCUUUUUUGUUUAUGUAACUGUUAGACACUGCAUCUGAUCACUGUGUUGACAGCCUGAGCUAUCCUUUUCAGACUGUCAACUUGAGCAGCCUUUUACUUUUACUGAACAUACUUAAAUUUGUUCCAGGGUACCCACCUUCUUCCAAGCAGAGGGCUGACUUUCUGCUGAGGUUAAAGGAGUAGGGAGGCAGCUUUAGGAGGUAGGUGAUAGAUAUGUAUAUGGCCUUCAUGGUUGUGAUUUCAUACCAGUAUACUUAACCCCAAACUCAUUGAAUUGUAUACAUUAAAUAAGUACAGCAUUUUACAGAUAAUUAUAUUUCAAUAAAGUGUUUUUUUUUUUUUUUUUUUUUUUUUUUUUUUUUUAAUGUAGCCCUGGGCCUGCAACAGAGUAGGCCCCCAGUUCCAUGAUUACUGAACUUAAGCAGAAUCCAAGAUAGUGGGGAUUUUUUUUUGUUCUGGGUUUGUUUAUUUUUUGUCUUUUUAAGGCUGCACCCAGGGCAUAGUUCCCAGGCUAGUGGUUGAAUCAGAGCUGUAGCUGCCAGGCUAUACUACAGCCACAGAAAUGUGGGAUCUGUGCCACAUCUGCGACCUACAUCACAGCUCAUGGCAACCCACUGAGUGAGACCAGGGAUGGAACCCACGUCUUCAAUGAAUAUAAGUAAGGUUUGUUACCAGUGAGCCAUGAUGGGAACUCCACGUUUUGUUUUUUAAAGCUCAGAUACCAAGGACAAAUGAGACAAAUUUAGGAAUGAAAGUGAUAGAACCAAAACUUAAGAGAUUUUUUUUUUUUUCUAACCAACUGCCAAAGUUGGUUUUGGGUAAGAAUUUCCCGAUGAUCUUUAUGCUGGUGCCCACUUAAAAAAGCCUUCCUGGAGUUCCUGUCGUGGCACAUCGGAAAUGAAUCUUACUAGGAAUGGGUUCGAUCCCUGGCCUCGCUCAGGGGCUUAAGGAUCUGGUGUUGCCGUGAGCUGUGGUGAAGGUUGCAGACACAGCUUGGAUCCUGUGUUGCUGAAGCUGUGGGGUAGGCUGGAAGUUGUAGCUCCGAUUUGACCCUUAGCCUGGGAACCUCCAUAUGCCACGGGUAUGGCCCUAAAAAAGCAAAGUAAACAAAAAUAAAAAGCCUCCCCACUCCCUUCUCUUAUCUGCAAUGCUCCCCUUUUCCUUUUUUUGCCAGACCCAUGGAACAUAUGAAAGUUCUUGGACCAGGGAUCAAAUCUAAGCCACAGUGAUGACCUAUGCCACAGCUGGAUUUGAUCCCUGCCACAGUGGUGGCAAUGCUGGAUCCUUAACCCACUGCGCCAGGCCAGGGAUCAAACCCUUGCCUCCACAGCAACCCAAACUACUGCAGUCAGAUUUUUAACCCACUUUGCCACAGAGGGAAUUCCUCCCCUUUUCUUUAAAGCAGCUUAAUUUACACAAUUAGCCUUGAAUUAUAAGAAAACCCUGAAUCUACCCUUGGGAUUGAAGUUCUCAAACCACUAUCAGAGCAACUACCUUUAUUCCCAAAUACAGUAAUCCACUUCUGCUCUUUACCAGUUGGGUACAAGUUGCCACUACAACUGAAAGAUUUUGGGGUGGUUUUUUUUUUUUCGGCUGUACCCAUGGCGUACAAAAGAUCCAGGGUCAGGAACAGCAGUGACAACACCAGAUCCUUAACCCAGUGCACCACCAAGGAACUCUGAUUUUUUUGUUUUAAUUUAUCAGUGUGCCUCUUUGGUGAAAACUAUGAACUUAAUCAAAGACAACCACACACAUCAAUUACUAAACGUUUAAAAUAUAUUUCUAAACAGAAUGGGCCAACUCAGUCACAGUAACUGCUGAUCUCCAUAGAAGAGCAACCCACAAAGAUACAGCACUGAUUUUUUUUCCCAUAAUCAGGGGUGAAAAAUAUACAACUUGUUUCUGAACCAAAACCACCAUUUCUGCAGUUAAAAAUGUGUUACUGCUAAUAUGGCCCUGGUAGAAAUUAUGUAGUUUUAUUUCCU